UAACGCGUGUGUGUUGUUUUUAUCAAUUUUUACUUACCAUUUUAAUACGUGCAACUUUUAUAUUUUUAUUUAGAAAAAAUAUUGAUAAUGUUUGUAUUUUGCAGUAUAUUUAAAAUCUUAAGUAUUAUUUGAAGGUAUUUUCUGGUUGUGAUGUUUAUUUUACUCCGUUAUGGGAAAGUUCAGUACUUACAGGUAUUUAGAGUUAAGAGAUGAUACCUCAGCUUCACAUAUCAAUGUAAGAUCUAGGACACUAAAGCAACCUCGUCGUUUGAAGAAAGUAUUCAUUCUACUCAUAUUAUUAGCACUAUUUGUCACAUACUUUUUAGGAUUAUUUGCAGGUCAAGCCCAAUGGUUAGACGGUAUUGCCAAAAGUUUAGGAUAUGAGAGCGUUCACCACUAUGCGGUGAUCAUUGACGCUGGCUCCUCAGGGUCCAGAGUGCUGGCGUAUAGGUUCAGAGUACCGUUCACAGUAUUUGGUCAGGCGAAUUUGGAUCUCGUGGAUGAAUAUUUUGAGCAGUCGAAGCCCGGGUUAUCGUCGUUUGCGGACGAACCUGAAAAGGGCGCCGACACAAUAGUGCAGUUAAUAAAAAAAGCUGAAUUCCUCAUACCAGAGGAGAAACGGAAGUCGACGCCGCUCAUAGUGCGCGCGACGGCCGGCCUGCGGUUACUGCCCAAGGAGAAGGCGCAACAGUUGCUUGUACACGUCUCCAAAGCUAUAGCACCAUUAGGCUAUGAUGUGGGAAGUAACAGUGUUGAGAUAAUGGACGGCUCAGAUGAGGGUAUCUUCAUUUGGUACACAUUAAACUUACUGCAUAACCUGAUGGACGGUGAGACGAUGGCCGCGCUGGACCUGGGCGGCGGCUCCACGCAGAUCACGUACCGGGUGAGCGAGCGCGACGCAGCCCUGUACCCGGCCGCAGACCGAUACCUCGUGCCUGCCGGGAACAACAACAUUACGCUCUACACGCACAGCUACCUGAACUUGGGCUUAUUGGCAGCACGUUACGGCAUUUUCCGUAUGGAGGCGGGCGACAAUAAUACUAACGAGUUCACGUCUGUGUGCGUUGACCCUAUCGUGCAGCGUGAGCCCUGGACGUACGCUAACAAGCAGUACAUCAUCAGUGGGGCGCCGCGUGCGGGCGGUAUGAAGCGCGAGGCGGCGGUGGCGCGCUGCCACGGCGUCGUGGCGCAGUACCUCGCCCGCACCCUCGACUGGGAGCCCACGCAGCCGCCGCGCGGAGACGUGGCCGCCAUGUCCUACUUCUACGACGUGGCCGCGGACGCGGGCAUCAUCGACGUGGUGGUGGGCGGGUCGGCGGCGGUGGGUUCGUUCCGUGCUGCUGCGCUGCGCGCGUGCUCGGCCUCCAACGUGGAGCAGCCGUGGGCGUGCGGCGACCUGGUCUACGUGCUGGCGCUGCUGCACGACGCCUACAAGAUGCACGACCACCAGCCGGUCUCGUUAUUCAAGAAAGUGAACGGUCACGAGGUUUCGUGGGCGUUAGGCCUCGCCUACACCACCGUGAUGAACCGCAUCGCCGCGGAGACAGCUGCGCCCGCCGCGUAGUGUAAUGAACUCUAUUUCGUUAUAGAUAAGAUCACAUUCUAAAAUUCGUGCAACUAUUACCUCUACGGUUUGUAUAUGUGAUAUAAAGUAUGGUCUCUUUAUUUCGUAUGUUACUUGCGGUAGUUAUUUAGUAGAAUCACAGAGUAUUGAAUGUACAGAGUGAAAGAUUAUGCGCUAGUGCUCAUUAUGGAAUACUAGUUUAUACUUGCGACUUCAUCACUAGUACGUGAUGCUGCGGCUCGAAUUAACAGAUGAUUCUUGGUGAUGUGAUGGCUUCAGUAGAUUACGGGUUGUAGAAAUGAUAGAUUUUGUUUGCCAUCUUGAAUUUAUUGGGUAAAUAUAUUACAAAAUUGGUUGAGUGAAAAAAAGUACGUUGCCUCGAUCGAUUAGAUUUUUUAAGUCUGUUACGUUAUAUAGCGGAUUCAAAUUGGAUGGGUGUGCGCUCCGAUCAGAACGCUCCUUGUAUUGCGUAUUGUUGCCGUUUGUACGCGACAAUCGCCCUUCUUAAAGUUAAAGUUAAUAUCUUUUUUACUUGUGAUACACCUUCUAAAUGCUUCAUGCUAAAUUCUAUCAAAUCGUUUAGCCGUAAAUAGGUAAUAGGCAGACUGACAAAUUUUCGCAUUUAUAGUGUUAGUAUGAAUUGUAACUGAGUAAAAGAGUAAAAUAGAGUUUACAUCCAAUAUAAACUCUAUUUCUAAUAUUGUGAUAAUUUUCAAUAUUGUCACAUUUCAAAUGUUACUAGUGCUCAAACUUACACUCUGUACAUUUGAAAUCAUCUGUGGUAGCAUGGCCUUAGCACUGUAAUAGCAGUUACGUUCGUAAAAAGUAACAUACUAUUCUUUAGUAGUUUUUUUUGUAGGUU